AUCUUUCAAAAUACUUUGAAAUCUCGUCUUACAUCAUAAUUUAUCGUGGUAGGCGGUUCGAAGUAAGAAAGCAUCAUGGCUUCCCUUCUAAUUCACUCUUUCCCGUGAUAUUCCGUCGUGGAUGCAUGUGUGAUGGUAAGGCGAACUUAAUUUUUCUGUUUGAUCAUUUAAAUUUCACUGAUGAUUUUGUUUCCGUCAAGUUAUGUCUACGGCUUGCAGGCGUUUGGUUUUAAAAGCACGCAUCAUCUAAUGAGUUUGAUUUGCUCGGUCAUGUUCAAAUGAUAUAAAUGUGGAAGUCAAAACUUACUUAAUGAUAAAUUGUCAAUUAUGAUUAUUGCUAUUAUAGAUGUAAUGGAGAGGGGCACUUAACGACCUUCUAACUUAGACUGCAGGAGUAAUCGGGUCAAUCAGAGACGAACAGCUGAAUUUAGGGAAAGAUAUUUUUAUUACCCCACACACUAUUCCAAAAUAAAAUCUCGGUCCUAAAGGCCAUCUGUUGUCUUAUUAUAUAUUAUGCGUGCAGUUCUUGGGUGGAACAAAACAAAGUAUGUGUUUAUUUGGAAAUCUUAGUUAAUUUUAUUUCCUGAUCAUACAGUGCUGAAAUUUCACCCUUAUUAUUGUUAAUAUGGAAAAUUUAUGCUGCAUUACUGAGAUCGAUGAGGCACAAGCUUUCUCUUUUUAGCUAAAGUCCAGUUUGCAGAGUAUGGCAAUACUAAACAAGAUUUCAUGCAUGCAAAGAUGACUCUGCAGGGUGAAAUGUAUGUCAAGGAAGGAAAACGUGGGGUGUGUAUCUGCCUUACUCUGCAAACAGGGUUAGGGGUAGACUUAAUCACCAGCUGCUGUCUGGGAAAAUAAGCCUGUGCUCUUAGCCUUGAGAGACAGAAAUCAAGCUUACACUUGAUUGUUGUAUGUGAAAUCUUCUCUAAAUUUUCAAUGCUGAGAUCUUGGUUAUAGAAUAUUUGAUCCUGUUAGCUUUGUAGUGCACCAUCUAAUUGGGAAACAUUAAAAUUUGAGCUGAGAUUCCGGAAACCAAACCAACCAGUUUUAGCAAGCUGAUAUAACAGGACCUUUUGGCUGAGUUACAACCUGGAAUUUAGUAGUUAAGUAUAAUUGCUCAGUUAAUUAUAGAGAUGCACACACUCUGAUUGGUCAAGGAUUACAUCAUAUCUUGCUGUAAUCACUUGGCAAAAAGUGAUUAUAGCAGGAGCGCUAAAUUUCAAAAUGACUGACUUGCAUUUUGUCACUGUUUCUGAGGAAGUGAUAAACAUAAUAGAAGAAAAAAGACAAAAGAUGCUAGAAGAUUUGCAGAAAACUUUGUCUUUGGGAUCAAUCAACAAUAUUCACUCCACCUCUGGCAAAUAAUUGUUUAACAUUAUAGAAACAUAACUUGCAAUGUCAUUGCAUAAAUUUGCACCAAUGAUAAAAAUCUUUAGUUCAGUGUCAGUUUCUUAGCAACUGUGCACCAACCUCCCUCCCUAAUCUGAAGUUAGCCCUUACUUGUUAUCAAUUAGCUGUUGUUGGUUUAUGAGAGGGGUAGGUGGGCAGUUGUUGGUUUAUGAGAGGGGUAGGUGGGCAGUUGCUGAAAUAAUGGCAUCAAUCUCAAAUUUCUAGGCUCGUCAACUUUACGAAUAUUCGAAAAGGCAGUGAGCAUAACUCUUGUACCAUCCUAAGUCAUUUAGCUUAUAGUAACAGAAGCAUAUGACCCAGAGGUGACUAUAAUACAAGCCUCUGAUAAUAAUUAUACGGCUUUUUUUUAAUGUCAUGGGAAAAUUUGUUAAGGAUUUGUGUUUUCCUUUACCCUUUAACUCCCAGAUGUGAUUAUCAUGUAACUUCUCCUUACAAAAUUGAUACAUUAUCCAGCCAACUAGUAAUGAGAAUAAUCAAACCUAUCAGGUGGAAGUUGAUAGCUUGAUCCAACACCAACUUCUUGUAACUAAUUCACAAAGAAAUUUUUGUAGCAGCUAGAGGGGAGAAUUAACAAUCACAUCUUGGAAUUUGAAGAACAGGAUAGCCAGGGGUAGAAUUUGCACUCCUUGGCCUGACUUUUAGAGUUUUAUGUGGCCUCCAUCAUCAUCAUCAUCAUCAUAAUAAUAAUAAUAAUAAUAAUAAUAAUAAUAAUAAUAAUAAUAAUAAUAAUAAUAAUAAUAAUAAUAGCUCAGUAAUGUUUCAAACCUAAUGUAUUUUAUAAGAUUUAGUAGACCUGAGCUAAUAGCCAAGAAAGAAAAAAACCGUUCCAUAUUGAGACACAUGUAAUCCCCUUAAGAAAAUUGUACAUAAUGGAUAGUUAAAUGUUAAAUUUCUCAGCAAGUAAAUAGUUUGGUGUUUGAAUCAGAACUGUUCCAAAGUCAAAACUUUAUGCUAAGCUAGAGGGAAAGACUGGCUGGGUCCUUCCAUUCAUGUAACGAUUUCUACUUGGUUGAACAUGUUUUUCUGUUGGCUCACAAGAAGAGGAGAGUGUAUUGCUAAUUCUUUAACCAGUGAACCUGGCAGAGAUUGAUUCACUACAUAAGUCCCACAAAUUCAAACUAUCAUUUGUCAAAUAUUGACAAGGGGUAAUGGGGGGGAUUGGUUGUAAGGGGUGUGGUCAAAAAGGUGGUUAAUAUUGUCCCUUUUUUUUAUUGAAAGCAAACUGUGACAAAAGAGAAAAAAAGCAACAUGCAGCAAAGAUCAGUCAUUGGUUUCCACUCAGUUACCUCUGUCUGCAUGGGGUGGCACUUUUCUGUUGAUAGAGCAGUGCUGUUUAAUUUUUCAUCCAUAACACUUUGUCCCUCUCCAGCAACAAAUAUUCAAUCCUGUAACCUGAGGGUAGCUCUUUGUGCAGUGAGUUUUAACAUUAUGUAGUGUAGGAUACUAUUUAAUUUUUUUUAAAUUUCAACUUUCUCUUACAACAGUAUUUUACUAUUUUUCAACAAACUCUUCAUAUGGAAAAUCCCAGUCAUAACAUAAAUAAGAUAAUGAUCACCUGUUCACCAAAAUGAAGGUGACUAUUUGUUUUAGUUAAAACACAGAGAUAAUGUAGUACAUAAAGAUGAUUUGAACUCAUUCAUUCCUGCAAUUAUUACAAUGUAUUGUUGGGGGAGGGAACAAAUCCUGUACAAGUUGCUUGAAGGCAAGUUGUGAAGGAUAUUUGGAGUUUGAGUUCCCAAUCAGAGCGCAUCUUCAACGGUACCUACUGAUGUAAUAUACACUUAUUACUGUUUUCUUGCCCCUUGCAGUCUGCCACUUCAUCAAUCCAUAUCCCCAUCCCACCCCCCCCUUUCAACAUCAAAAUACUUCAUCACAGACAUUCAAGAGUAAAUGGGGUUAAGGUAUGGGUUUUAAAAAAAAUUACCAUUUUUCUAAUGAUUUUUUUCUUGUUUUGAAGGUGGAACUUGUGGAAGGAAGUAGAACUUGACAAUGAGAACAGUCAAAUGUGUGAUAGUCGGAGACGAAGAUGUGGACAAGAGAGAGUUGUUCUUACAGUACACUGCCUGGUUAAAUGCCGAGGCGGAAACAGCCAGCGCGAUUGAAGAAGAUGGAUCUAACAAUGACGUUAGCAGGAUGGGUAUCUCCUCGGAGGGCAAAGAGCAGCAAGAAGUCUUCGUAGACGGAGGUAAAGAUGUAGAGGGCGAGGACGGUUCUAACAAAAGUCAUCCACAUUUUCAAGUGAUUCACCUCAGCUCCGAGAAAGAGAGUAUAGCAAGCGUGGAAUCUCUCCAGGACUCCAUCGACCAUUGGUCAGGCGUGGUUACCGUGCUUGGCAAGCAUUACCUAUUAGAUCUUCGCGAUGCUCAUUGCGAAGAGGCCUAUGAUAAUAUUAGACCGGAUAUGUACUCUGACACGGACGUUUUUCUGGUUUGUUUCUCAGUCGUUCGCUCCAUCUCGUGGGAGAACGCUCUGAACAAAUGGAUUCCGGAAAUUCAAAAGCACUGCCCUGUGAUUCCUUUCAUAUUAGUCGGCACUCAGACGGAAUGGAGAGAACUCUGGGACGAGAGAGACGCGUCAAAGAAACCGGUUUCUCCUGUCACAGGAGCCGGUUAUGCGCAGCAGGUAGGAGCAGUGAAGUAUUUAGAGUUUUCAACAGGAGAUUAUGAAGUCAGAGAGGUUUUCAACGCAGCUGUGCUGAUCAGUGUUAUGGAUAAAGUGACGUUGUCUACAUUUCAUCCAGAUUUUGACAAAGAGGGAUCGAACUUGAUUCAUCGCGCUGCAAAACGCAAUCAUGUUCCUUCCCUGGAAACCGUUGUCGAUUUUAUCGAUGUGAACACCAAAGACAAAGCGUUACACACUCCGAUAGACGUGGCGAUGAAAGAAAACAGCUUAGAUGCAGUGCGCUUUCUUCUCGAGAGCGGCUGUGAGUUUCCUAACCCACCAGACCCUUGGAGAAAGCGUUGCGAGUUCUGGCUUAGUGACGAGGAUGAAGAUUCGGAACAUGUCGUGAACAGCAAUAUCACCGAGUUCACCCGACAAGUGACGUUUUUUUACACCACCGCAUCGCACCGCCCACUCGCAAAGAUCCUUUUCAUUGGUCAGAAUGGAACGGAAGUGGCAAACUUUGUGAACGAGACCGUACCCAUGCUUCCGGUGAGGUCACUGACUAUUUUAAAUUCAGAAGGUCCAUGUCUGUUCGACUUCUCGCAGAUCCAGUCUUGCUUCGAGUCUCUAACGAUAACAAAUUGCGAUUUCGGCUCUGCAGAGCUACCAGGGACCCUAUACUCAGUAGUGAGUGUGAAAAGCUUGUGUGUUGUCAAAUGUGGCGUAUCGCGUCUGUCUGAACAACUAGGAGAGCUCAAAAGUCUGCAACGUUUGCGGUUAAGUGGCAACAAGAUUAGGAAACUCCCUGACACGAUUUCCAGGCUGCAGAAGUUAAAGUUUGUACAUUGUGAUCGGAAUGCACUCGACAACUUGCCAGACACACUUGGAUGCUUAGGCUCGCUGGAAAGUCUGGACUUGACCAGUAACAAACUGGAGAAAUUGUCUGCGUCGAUUGGCCUACUGACCAGGCUGCGAAAUCUCGGAAUUACAAGAAAUCGUCUAAAAUUCCCACCGGUUCACAUUCUAAACAAAGGAACUGAAAGCAUUUUGGAGUUCCUGAGUGGAUUCUUGGACGAUCCUGUGUCUAACAACCAAAUUAAGAUGAUUGUUGUAGGAGGAAAUGGCGUUGGAAAGACUUCACUUGUGAAGGGUCUGAGUCAUACCAAAGAUUGGCGAAUAAGCGGGGUCGGUCCGACCACUACGACUGACGGAAUCGAAAUAUCUUCCAUGAAUCUUAUGGAUUGCAGAUUAAAAGUGUUUGAUUUGGGAGGAGACGAAGCCAUGCUCAGCUCGCAUCACUUUUUCUUGUCAGAGAACACUCUUUAUCAGGUCGUUUUUGACAUGAGUGCUUAUACGGUCACCAAGACCUCGUGUUCAGUUUACCAGCUCGGAAGAGUGGAACUUUGGCUUCAAAUCAUCUUCUCGAGAGCUCCAAACUCUCACGUGAUGAUUGUUGGUACCCACGCCGAUGACCCGAAACUCACCGAAGAUAUCCGAGUACGCAUUCGUCAAGACAUCGAGAAUCUGUUGAGCAAGUAUCGUCGCGAGCACAGACGCCAAUUUGAGGGAGAAGCUGUGCCUCAUUGCGGUCUUUGCGAGGCGACCCUUGUCUGUGAGGGCUCUUCUACUGGCUCCUUAUUCUAUGUCCAGGAACAAACUGUCCCUCAUGUUCCUGGACCUGUUCCAGCUCCGUGUAUCCCACAUGUUGUGGGUUAUUAUGAAGUCAGCUGCCAUGGCCAGUUUCCCAAACAGCUCCUCAGCUCUAAAAAUCGGAGCAUGCAGAAGUUCACAGUAGGCGUGGGUUCUAGCGCGUCUAUACUCCUCAACACAAAGGUCAGUUCCCGAAUCCCGCAGAAGUGCUUGUACGUGCGGGACAGAAUACAGGAAAUGUGCAACGCAGAGAAUGAAUUGAAGAACUGGCCGCUUCUAACCUACGACAGACUUCGAGAGAUCGCGAAUGGCUGUGGAGUAAAACAAGACUUCAAACUCAAGGCACUGAUGACGUACUUUCAUUCUCAAGGAGAAAUCCUCUGGUACGAAGAUAUGCCGGAUAUUGGCGAUGUGAUCUUCAUCGAUCCUCUCUGGCUGUCCAAACAGAUGUGUCUCCUCGUCGGGUCACCUUCGGGCGCGAGUUCGGGUUUGGACGGAAUAUUACGAAUCGACAACCUGGCGAAAACCUGGCCUGAUGUCCCUGAAGGACAACGCUUUGCGAUGUUGACUUUGUUCAGAAAUUUAGGAUUGUGCUUUCCAUUGUCGGAAACUGAGGAACUGGUUCCCUUCCAGUUACCGAUCGGGAAAGCAGACGAGGACACGUGGCCGAUGAGGCCUUCGGAUGGCCAACGCCAGAUCAGCUGUGAGUUCCAUUUCAGCUUCCUUCCUCCAACCUUUUUCAGCGAUUUGACGAUUGCCAUUAACCGAAGGAAACUGCCGAACAACUUUGAGGUAGAACCCACGUUCUUUCGCUUCCAUAUGGUGUUCGCAACGACAUUGUUGGCCAGCAUGGGUUGCUCCCUCCACUGUAAAGAGAUGCACCCUUUAGCAGAAAAUCUGGAGGUACAUCGGGUUAGUGUGGAGGGUGUACCAUUCGAGCACAAGUUGAAAGUGAUUAUACGCGGUCCAUCUCCCUGCUGUGUGCUUCCAGAUGUGAGAGCUGCGAUCAAAACAGUGGUUGAUACGCGGUAUCCUGGGAUACGCUAUGUGAGGCAGAUCGUUUGCACCGCGUGUGAACUCGCUGGUUUCAAGAAUCCUGCGCUGUUGAGCGAACUUGUCAAAGAUGGUUGUAACUAUUGUUCGUGGGGGCACGAUCUCAGUACAGAGGCUGCUGUAAUUCGUGGAGACAUUCCUCUAGUCUCACUUCCUUCUGAACUACCAGCGAAGGGCGAGGUCAGGCUCGGGGUAUUUUUCGACGAGGCAGGCAGGAUUCUGGACGACUGCUACUGUCCAAGACUCCCGGCGGUGUUCCCGAUAGGCUUUCAAAGCCCGGCCUUCAAGAAGCGGCUUCGGGUCAACUCACCCAUAAAAGAUGGCUAUUCUGUGCAUUUCCUGUGCGAAUGUCCCGGAUACUGGCAUUUUACGGAGGGGCCAGGCUUCCGAAUCCCAGACAUCCGAGCGUUCCUGGACGUUUUUGGAGCGCGUGCGUGCAAGCUUUUGAAACUCGCUUUUAUGCUACGAGAUGACGACGCCCCCGACGGAUCUGACCAGGGACAUGUUCCGGUCAAGAUUAUCUUGGGCGAGGCAAAACUACGUCACGUUCUCGUCACGGACAUCCAGGACUUGUUAGAGCACUACUUUGUGGAAUUUCCCGAACUGAAGAACAGCUACAUGGGUUUCAUGCAGGAAGACUUAGAAUUUGUGCAGAGUUAUGAAGGGCUAAGCCGCAGAAAGAUGUGCAAACUGUUGGAGAUCUCGCCUGAUUGGUGGAGACUAGGACCAUUGGUCUGUACAUACAACAACAGGACCAAUGAACAUCUCUGGUUGUGUGAGAAGCAUGCAGCGUAAAGAAGUGAGCGAAAGGAUUUCAUAGGAAACGUUCAAACUGUUCUUUUUUGGGGGGAAUUUGACUGACCUGUUUAAGGUAAAUUAUCGAUCCGGUAAAGUUGGAUCUGAUUGACAUCGACGAGAAAAGUUUUAAUUAGUUUAAGUUAGUUUUAAUCAGAGUAUAGUCAUGAUAUUCUCUUAGAUAACCUUUGGAUGAAGAGUUCUCUUACCUUCACAAAAUUAAUAGUGGCACACAUGUGAGAUAAAAAUUGAAUGGGGGGUGGGUGGGUGGGGCGCACACUGCGGAGAGUGAAAAAGAAGUGCGAUAAUGAUCACGUACCCAUCAAUAACAAUCCCUCCAUAUUUUUUUCGCGUUUCAAAUUUUAAAUUUAUGAGAAGAAAGUUAAAGAGAUACUCGAUACUUCGUAACGAUCGGAUAUUACACGCACUCUUUUUCUCUCUCUCGGCGUGGUACCUGAAAUGCAUUAACUAGAAUAAUUAUUCAGACUUUCUCAUCAAAAAACGCCAAGAUUUGGGACAUACAACGCUCAUUUACAGUUUAAGUUGCUUAGCAACACCAAUGUGCUACCUUACACGGGCUCCAAAAGGGAGACCUGCAAGAAUGAUCCGUUUUCGAACUCUUUCCGUCGUCAAAUUUAUAAGAAUGCCAACCUUUAUACCGCAAUUAUUUGGCGUCUUGUGAUGGUUGCCGAUGAAUUCGCAAAGAAGAGCUGGUGUAAGUGUAGUUUUAAAAAAUAUUCAUUGAAAAUCGCACGAAAAUUUCAGACUCAAGAUGCCAGAGUCACUAUUUUUGUAAAAAGGUUACAGUUUUGUGGAAAAUUAAAUUUAUUUUCAUAUAGGUGUUAUCCUGUUUAUCACCGCAUAACAUAGGAUUUUUAGAAGGAAUUUGCAUCCAAAAAAAUAUGUUCUUGUUUAAUGUUUUAAAAUUUUUUUGUGUCUGUAUCUUCUUAUAAACCACGUGACAGAAGACUCGUGGCAUCCAUUUUUAUUUCCACAAUUAAUAGGGAACAUGUUUUCAUCAAUGCAUUAUCUUCAAACAAAAUGAAACAUUUUAUUUCCCUGGGGGGACUUUCGACAGACCCUCUCUUGAAACUUUUGCCAUCAUCUCCGGCAACUGGUUUUCAUUGUUCCCUUUUCUCAUUGAGAUUUAACAUAACUUUCCUUCUUUCCUUCCCUUAUCUCCCUCUCCCUCCCCCGUCCCCGUCCACGCUCUCCCUGAGAACGAUUUUUAUAGCCUCAAGUUUAUUUUUUCCUCAAAUUGAUUUAAAUUUUUAUACCAUUACAUUAGUAUAACUAUUCUCCACACUUCUCUGCACAAUUUCCUGUGGUAUUAAUUAUAGGAAAAUUUAUCAAACAAUAAAGAGCUUACAUCUUUUCUUAGUGAUCGUUUCCUUUAUUCCCAUAACCUUAAUGUUUGAUUCAGAGGUGAUCCUGUAACGAGAAAUUUUAUGGAAGUCACUUAUAUGAAUAAAUCUAUCGCAUGCCGCUGGUGUUACUGAAACUUGGUGAGGAUGAAUCUUUUAGUUUAUUUGAUAAUCAGGAGAAUAGAGUUUUUGAUUUUUUUGGCGUGUUUUUUUACAGGACAGAGUAUCUCUCCACUUCUCCUUUAUUUGGAGAAAAAAAAUGCCCACAUUUGCCGUCUCUUAAUAAUUAAAAGAUGUUUGAGCGUCCUUCUUUUCAUCUCAUGUCUCAGAGGUGCGUCAUUAAUAGCAGUCGUUUGUUGGAAGCUGGUGAUAUUUACACUUUGAUCAAAUGGCCACCUAACUAACACUCAAACUUCACAGUUUAAUUUCUCUCAGCUUUCAAUGAAUGGUCAUAAAUCUGUUUAUGUACACCCAAGGGUAAUGAUAACUCCCCUGCGGCACGAUCAUGCCUCAUUAGCAAAGCUUUACACCUAAGUAUACCGUUACCCGGGAAUCCUGGAAACUUACUGCUUUCCAUAGUGAACAGAAGACAAAAUGAGAAUGCUAAGUCAAAGCUCUGUUGAACUUAUAUCACGAGUCGAUGUCAACGAGGUCGAGGUCAUUCGCCUUUUGGGAUCAGGUGGGUUUGGUUCUGUCUUCGAAGCUAUGCACAAGAACUGCAAGGUUGCCAUGAAGAAAUUUCACACCAACACUCGCAACAAAAAAGCGGCGAUGCAAAGCUUCGAGGCUGAAGUGCACCACGAAGUCUUGUCUCUGAAACAUCCAAACAUCGUGCGAGUAUUGGGAACCAACGCAGCGCGCAGCCUUGAAGAACAACCGUUUAUAAUCAUGGAGUUCGUCAGUUCAAGAAACUUGCAACAUGUGCUGGACGACGCGGAUGAAAAAGUCGAUUUUAAACGGCGCGUCUCAUUUGCAUACGAGGUGGCGCUUGCCUUGGAAUAUGUGCAUGACAAUAACAUCGCACAUCUCGACCUAAAACCCGCCAACGUUCUUAUAGCUCCGGAUGGUAGCUGCAAACUCGCCGAUUUUGGAUGCUGUCAGAUCAUCCAAGAACGGCCCAAUACACCGUCACGAUCGUAUCUCACCGGAACAUAUGCCUACCGGGCUCCCGAACUCCUGAAGGGGGAAAGUCCCACCUUCAAAGCUGACGUUUUUUCCCUAGGAAUCUGCUUGUGGCAGUUUUGGACCCGUGAAAUUCCGUACAAGCUACAAAAUCAUCAGAUUGUGAUCUUCCGAGUUGUUGCCUGUAAUCUGCGUCCGGAGAUCCCCGAGGGAAAUGACGUAGACAACCGGUACAGGGAGCUGAUGACGUCAUCAUGGAAU